GACUCUACCAGUCUCAACCACAGUUCCUUUUACAAGAGCUCAGAACCGCCACAAGGAAACUAAUCCCAAAGAUGAGCCUCCUGUGUAAACUCUUCGUCAGUUUUCUUCUCAUUUUCAACUUUCCCACCAAAGGUUCAGUCUCUAAAGACAUCAGGAUUGUCUGGGGUGCUUUGGAUCAAGAUAUCAACCUGGACAUUCCCAGUUUUCAAAUGAGCGAUGUUAUUGAUGACAUACGAUGGGACAAAGAAGGGAUCAUGGUUGCGCAGUUCAGAAAAGGCAAGAAACCCUCCCGGUAUAAUGAAACAUAUGAAAUAUUAGCAAAUGGAACUCUGAAAAUUAAGCAUCUGAAGAAAUAUUACAAUAAUAUCUACAACGUAAUUAUAUAUAAUACGGAUGGAAAAAGCGUGCUGGAACAGUCAUUCGACUUGAGGAUUCUAGAGAUGGUCUCAAAACCAAAGAUCUCUUGGGAUUGUAACAGCACAAACCUGACCUGUGAGAUAAUGAAAGGAACUGACCCUGAAUUAAAUCUGUAUCAAAAUGGGAAACGGCUCACUCAAGGUCACCUGAAGGUCAUUAGACAUCAGUGGACCAACCUGAAUGCGGCAUUCAAGUGCACGGCGAGCAACAGAGUCAGUGAGGAAUCCAGCAUGGCAGCUGUCAGCUGUUCAGAGAAAGGUCUGAACAUCUAUAUCAUCGCUGGUGUUGGUGCAGGAGGCAUCCUCUUGGUCUUUGUGUUGCUACUUAUUUUCUUUGUCAGCAAGAGGAAAAAACAGAACAGCAGGAGACACGAUGAGGAGCUGGAGGUAAGAACCCACAGAACAACCUCUGAAGGCAGUAGCCAAAAGCCCAGCCAAAUCCCCACCUCACCUCCUCAAAAUCCAGCGGCCUCCCAACCUCCUCCACCACCUGGUCAUCGCUCCCAGACACCUGCUCAUCGUCCCCAGACACCUGCUCAUCGUCCCUUGCCUCCUGGUCACCGUGUCCAGCACCAGCAGCAGAAGAGGACGCCCCCAUCGAGUACGCAGGUUCGCCAGCAGAGAGGCCCUCCCCUCCCUAGACCUCGAGUUCAACCAAAACCUCCCUGUGGAGUGGCAGAAAAUUCAUCAUCCCCUUCCUCUAAUUUCCAAUAAAAAGGCUGUUUGGAUUUCUUA